UGGCAUUGACUUGGCAACCCUUUGCAUCUUCCCCUGGCAUUCACUUCUGAUCAAUUUUUGAUCUGAUAUCCUAAGAUCCAACCCCGGGAGGUGAUUCAAAUGAAGCGAAAGAUCUCUUCCCGUAGCAUAGACAGUGAGCGAGAGAGGGAGGCGACGGCCCCCAACUCGUCUGUGUCGCCUCGUUUGUAUGGCCUGUGUUAUGCACGCAAGAGGAGAAAGCCGGAUUUGGUCUCGUCACCACCGCCGCCGUCUUCCUCCUCCUCCUCGUCGUCAAGAGCCAAUUAUGAUGUGUUCUUGAGUUUUAGAGGUCCCGAUACUCGUCAGGGAUUUACAGAUUGCCUCUACGCCAGCCUGAGAAAUGCAGGGAUCAUUGUCUUUAGAGACAAUAAUGAUCUUGAUCCUGGAGAAAAGAUCCACGAUGCAUUGGUUCAAUCCAUAAAGCAAUCCAAGAUAUCAAUUCCUAUUAUCUCCAAGGAUUAUGCAUCCAGUAAGAGUUGUCUCAUGGAAUUGGCACAAAUGAUGGAAUGCAAAAGAGCAGACACUCAACUGAUCAUACCCAUUUUCUAUGAUAUUAACCCCGCUGAUUUAAAAUACCAACUUGGAUGUGUCGGGGAGUCCUUCCGUAAGCACGAGGACCGUGGAAUUGACUGCACGGUCAUUGAUACAUGGAAAUGGGCUCUCCGAGAGAUUAUUGAGAUCAAGGGGUAUGAUCUGCCGCAUACAUACGAUGGGCAUCAAGGUGCACUCAUACAGACAGUCGUUUCAUAUAUUCUAGAGUUGUUGAAGAAGAAUGAUUUAAAUGUAACCGACGGUUUAGUGGACAUUGAACCCCACGUACGGGAGGUUAUGAAAAAGCUCGGUGUUAUCUAUGCCAAUGAGCGAGCAACGCAAGUAUAUGACAAAGAUGUGCGUGUACUUGGAAUAAACGGCACGCCCGGGAUUGGCAAGACUACCAUUGCAAAGGUUGUGUACAACAAAAUCCAUGGUCUCUUUCAACGUUGUAGUUUUCUUUCAAAUAUUCGAGAAAAUGUUAUAUCCAAUGGACUCAUGGGCCUGCAAGAACAGUUAAUCUCUGACCUCCAAAAGAAAGAAUAUAGAAGGCUAAGUACUUGUGACGAAGGUGCCAGAGUCAUAGCAAAUUCAUUUAGCAAUAUGAAGGUUCUCAUUCUCCUUGAUGAUGUGCAUGAUUUUGGCCAAAUCGAGCAUUUAGUUGGGAAAUUCAGCUGGUUCGGCCCAGGAAGCAGGAUUCUCAUGACAGUUGGAAGAAUUGAUGUUCUUGAUGGUUACAGAGAUGGAGUGGCUGAUAAAUAUGAGGUUGGAGAAAUGGGGCGUGAUCAAGCUCUUCAACUUUUCCGCAAGCAUGCUUGUACUGCGUGUCCUCGAGAAGAGGAGGAUGUGUAUGAUUCUCUGUCCGAAAAGAUUGUCGACACCAUUGGAGGGCUUCCUUUGGCAAUUGAAGUAACCGCUUCAUACUUGAAUAGGAAUAAGGGGAAAAUACGAAUAUGGCAAGAUACAUUGCAUAGACUAAGUAGAAAGCCGGAAGAUAUAGUCCAAGAAGCGAUCAAGGUAAGCUAUGACUCUUUGGAUGAAGAGACGAGAAACAUAUUUCUCGAUAUAGCAUGUUUUUUCAUUGGAACGGAUGAGAGAAUUCCCUCAUACAUGUGGGAUGCAUGUGAAUAUUAUCCUUCAAGAGGAAUUGAGUUACUCCGUGACAUGAGUUUGGUCAAAACAGGAGAAAACAAUGAAUUAUGGAUGCAUAAUCAAUUAAGAGAGUUUGGCAGGGAAAUUGUUAGGAUGGAAGAUUGCGAUGAGCCUCAAAAGCGCAGUAGGUUAUGGGAUCACAUUGAUGCUCUUUCCACACUUAAUGGAAAGAAGAGUGCUGAAAAGGUGGAAGCCCUUGGUCUCACGUUUGAUAAGGGACAAAGUGAAUGUUUUAGUUGUGAAGGAUUUGGCCAUCUACAGCGCUUGAGGUUUUUGAGAUUGGACCAGGCGACUGUUGGAGGGAGUUCUCAGAAUGUUCUUUCAAAUUCAAGGUGGCUUCGCCAUCUGCAGCGCUUGAGGUUUUUGGGAUUGGACCAGGCUACUGUUGGAGAGAGUUCUCAGAAUGUUCUUUCAAAUUUAAGGUGGCUUGAUUGGCAAGGGUGCAGCCAGAUCUCUGAACUACUUAUUUUCCAUUUAGAGAAACUGGUCAUUCUUGAUCUAUCUCGCAGUUUGGUCACUGGAGAUUCACAAGUAUGGGGACAAAUCCUGAAGAAGGCAAAGGAAUUGAAAGUUUUCAACCUAAGUAGCUGUUGUAACCUAAAUGCUUUUCCAGACUUCCGUGCUUCGAUGUACCUAGAGAGAUUAGUCCUGGAACGUUGUUCCGCACUAUCCCAAAUUGGUCCAUUGAUAGGUAAUCUAAAGAACUUAGUCUCCUUAAAUCUUAAGUUCUGCAAAUCUGUCAGAGACUUGCCGCGAGAAUUGUGUGAUAUGAAAGCUUUGGAAGAACUUCUGAUUGAUGGAACUGCCAUUAGUGAGAUUAAUUUCGAACCAGCCUCCAUGAAGAAACUUAAGACUCUGAGCGCUUGCCAAUGUAAAAAUUUGGCUCGUAUAUCAAACCCUAUUGGUCACUUGGAAUCUCUUUUGCAUCUUCGACUGGAUGGUGCUGCUAUUGAUAGCAUCCCAGAUUCUAUUGGAUCCUUAAAGAAACUUCGGAGCCUGCUUCUUGGAAAUUGUCAGAAUUUACUUGAGCUUCCUGGUUCUAUUGGGAAUCUUGAGUCACUGGAAGUCAUGGAUCUAUCAAGCACAAAGAUUGCUAGUUUACCUAGGUCUGUCAAGCAUUUGAAAAAUUUGAAAGUGCUGAAGAUGGAGAAUACUCACUUAGAAGAAUUUCCCAAAGACAUUAAAAAUCUACAAAAGCUGGAAGAGAUGGAUCUUUCACAAUGCAGGAAUAUGAAGGGGUGGAUUCUCUGCGAUAUCAGAGGAUUAUCCUCUUUGAAAAUCUUGAGAUUAUCAUCUACCCAGAUUUCUAGCCUACCCUCGACCCUUCCAUUGCUCUCUGAUCUCCAACAACUGGAUUUAAGUGAAUGUGACCAACUUUGGGAUUUGCAAAGACUUCCAUCUAGUUUAAGCAUUCUUCGCUGGGGAUCCAAAAAAAUGCGGACGGUGCCAGACCUUUCUUUCUUAAGAAACUUGAAAGAGCUGUACUUGGGUGAUAACUUUGAUCCUACUGAUCGAAUGCAGAAUUCCUCCUCUGAGCCACCAGAAAUUGGAUGGCUAACAAGACUAGCGAAUCUAGAAAUCUUGGAGUUGUGCCUCUCAAACAUCACCAAGCUACCUGAACAUUUUAAUAAACUUCAACUUAGAAAACUUGUUUUGCACCACGCAAAAUUGCUUGACCUCAGAGAGCUACCCUCUAGCUUAUCGGUAUUGUGCCUCCAGCGCUGUGUGAUUCAAUGUUCACAAUUUUCUACGGUGAGAAGUCUAUCUGAAUUAGAACUCGAAAACUGUCUCCUGGCAGCGACUGUCAGUCUUGAUAAUUUGAGGCGAUUGGAACUUCUGAAAAUAUCCGACUGCAAUGUGCGAACACUUGAUGGGCUGGAAAAUUUGCCUCGUUUGAGAAGGCUCACUUUAUUCGACUGCCCUUCAUUGACCGGAUUACCUGAUCGAACAAAUCGUACAUUCGAAAUCGAUGGGUACAAUUUUCCAGAAGAACAAAUAGUUGGCAGUUACGUUGCUCACACCUAGCUAUGGUCAGAAUAUUGUGGAAAUGCUUCGAGAAUGAUUCCUACUUAUGAUUGAAGAUCUUACUGCACAACGGAUAUUCGGUCUAUCUUCAAUAAAAAGUUGGAGGCUUUUCUGAAAGGUAAAUAUUGCUACUUUUUGCUUUCCUCAAGUCGACUUGAACAUCUGUACAACUCCAUGAUGCACCAGUCGGUCUCUCUCCUUCGGCUAAGACACUGCCUGCAGUCAAAUUUCUGUGCAGUUUCCUCUCCACCUCUCGGGCAUGGAACUUCUCUGUUGGAAGGCCCGACCUUGUGGGCUUGGACAGGCAAGUUUGUCCUUUGAAAUCUUUUACUAGCUUUUGAUUCUAAUUUCUCAAUUCUUUUAUUCUUUUUAUUCUUUUGGUGAAAACGCAUAAACGGUAACUGGAGCACAGAAUCGACAUAAAUCUAACAUGAGGAACAUUAAUAUUAGAUAAUUCAAUUUGGCAGUGCUUUGUGCAUGAAAUCAUGAAACAUUCUUGGCAAUUUAAUUUCUUUAUUGUCCGUACGUUUUUGUCAUUCAGAAGAAGUUGGGGACAGAUUUACUAGAAAUAUACCAGGUGGGCUGGGAUGGAUACUCAAUAUCAGAAUGAUGAUUGGGCAAAGACUACUUGGUGGAGGAGGAUAGAUUGGCUGGCUCUUUUGUUUGAAUGGGAGAUUAGUAGCGUUGAAGUCCGGGGGAUGCACAUUGAGAAGAUAAGCUGAUGGGACUUGAGUGCGGACGCGUGGAGUCGCAUACUGCUCCUUCCUUUUUGGGCUGAGGUUGACAGGGUAGUUGCAGCUGCAGUGUUGCAGAGUUUUAACUCUCAAUCUGGGACGAUAUUGGUAACUUUAAAGUAGCAAUAAUAGCGCAUUUCCCCUACCCGUGUGUCGGUGUUGCGACGAGCGUCAAAUGGGUAAUCAUUGUCUCAUAGCUGUUCUAAUCAGUACACCGAUCCCGAGUCCGUAUUAUGCUACUUUGAUCAGGCACUGCAUAUUUCCAACAAACAUUGCUGUGCUGCAUUAUCCGCUGUGCUCGAGCUCUCUUAUUCGAAGGCUUAUUAUGCGAUGGUCAUACGAUGUUAGCACUUCCACAGGCCAAAAUAAUUCGUUCGUGUUUCUCAAAAAGGAUUCUCCACCAUAAAAGCUUAUUAUACUACAUUUGGCCAUGUGGUAAGGAGAAGAACCCACAUGCUUGUGUUCUAUGAUAUCAUUUUCUCUGUUUCUUUUUUUCUUUGCUACCGAAAACGGUGAUUCGUGGAUGAUUUUCCUGAGGAAGCCUCCAAGAUGUAACUGGAACUAGAAUACAUCAUAGGGUCAUCUUGUCAUCUUAGACUUCUGCUCUAAUGAGGACUGUACAUGUAGAUGAUAACUAGAUAUAGAGAAAGUGAAAAGACAUGGGAACUCUUCUUGUAGGAGAGAGGAAAUGCAGAGUGCUUUCAGGUA